GUCAGAACCCGGCUGGCGCUGGCGGCUGGUCCAGCCCCAGGGGCCCCGUCAUUGGGCGUCAUUGGCUCAGGCAUCAGGGCCCUCAUCACCCUCUCCCGCCUGGGUCCGGACGGGCGGCGGCGGCGGCGGUGUCGUCGUCAGGGGGCGGAGCCGGCCUGGGCGCCCUUUGUCUGUGGAGGCGGACUCCCUAGGUCCCUAGGUGACUGACACUGCUGGAUUUCUUCUGCUGACUCUGGUGCAUCUUAUUACAGUUGCUCAACCUGAAACUGCUCAACCAGGAGGCAAAUUUGAAUAUCAUAGUGAAGUCUGCACAUGAAGGAUUGAUGCCUUUAGGGAGAAAAACGAAUUUAAUAGCCACUUUCAGGAACCUCUGCAUCUCAACUCUGCAUGAACAAGGCAAGAUUCUGAGAGUGGCUGCUCCUGGGAAGCAGAAGUCAUUCUCAUGGAUAUCCACUGGCUCCUGACCCUCUCAUGAGUUGAGGCACCUUUAAUACCUGGGAGUGGCUGUUUCCUAUAAGGCACUGGGACAAAUCAGCCUUCAGGGACUGACAAGGAUACUGAAGCUGCUAGUACUGGUAUAUCUCCUGACUGUCAUGCUAGAAGUGAACAAGGCUUUGGGGACAUUACAACUUAAGAACUGCAAAGAGGUGUAGUCAUCCUGGUGGAGGACCGAAUCCAGUAAUGCCUUCUCAGAAUGCUGUACUUUCCCAGGAGGGAAACAUGGAGAAGGAAAUGAAUGUUGGAUCACAGGUACAGCAGUCUCAGGAAUCACUGACAUUCCAGGAUGUGGCUGUGGACUUCACCAGAGAGGAGUGGGACCAGCUAUACCCUGCUCAGAAGAACCUCUACCGAGACGUGAUGCUGGAGAACUAUAGGAACCUGGUUGCACUGGGGCAUCAACUUUAUAAGCCAGAGGUGAUCACUCAGUUGGAGCAGGAGGAGCAGUGGAUGAUGGAGAGAGACAGCCCACCAGACACUCAUCCAGAUGGGGAGAAUAGUCCAGAAAUAAAAAAAUCAAACCAGAAUAUUUCUGAUGAAAAUAAAACCUGUGACAUGAUAAUGGAGAGAUUAACAGGAGACAGUUUCUGGUACUCCAUCUUAGGUGGACUCUGGGAUUUUGAUUACCGGUUAGAAUCUAACCAAGAAAACCAGCAGAGACAUUUAGGACUAGUAUCUUUGACCCACAAAAAGAUCACACAGGAGAGAAGCCUUGAAUGUAAUAGAUUUGGGGAAAACUAUAAUCUGAACUCAAACCUUGUUAUGCAUCAGAGAAUUCCUUCAAUUAAAAUACCCCUUAAUUCUGACACACAAGGAAAUAGCAUCAAGCAUAAUUCAAACUUGACUUACUAUCAGGGAAACUAUGUAAGAGAGAAUCCUUAUGAAUAUAAUGAGUGUGGAAAAAUCUUCAAUCAACAUAUUCUUCUUACUACUCAUAUUCAUACUGAGGGGAAACCCAAUGAAUGUGGGAAGGCCUUCAGCCAAAACUCAUCUCUUACUCAACCUCAGAUAGUCCUCACAGGAGAGAAGCCCUAUAAGUGUGAUGAAUGUGGGAAAAGAUUCAGCCAGAGGAUACAUCUUAUUCAACAUCAGAGAAUUCACACAGGAGAAAAACCUUUUAUAUGCAAUGAAUGUGGAAAAGCCUUCCGUCAACAUUCAUCCUUUACUCAACAUCUGAGAAUUCAUACUGGAGAGAAGCCCUAUAAAUGUAAUCAGUGUGGUAAAGCCUUUAGCCGUAUCACAUCCCUUACGGAACAUCAUAGACUUCAUACUGGAGAGAAACCUUAUGAAUGUAGUUUUUGUGGGAAAGCCUUCAGCCAAAGGACACAUCUUAAUCAGCAUGAGAGGACUCAUACAGGAGAGAAACCUUAUAAAUGUAAUGAAUGUGAAAAAGCCUUCAGCCAGAGUGCACACCUUAAUCAACAUAGGAAAAUCCAUACUCGGAAGAAAUUAUGUGAAUAUAAUAAAUGUGAGAAAACCUUAAGCCACAGUCCUUCACUUACUCCUCAGCACAUAACUCAGAAUUUUUAGCUUUGUCCUGGUGGGGGUGGGGGUGGGGUAAGGGACUCAUAUGAAUAUACAAAUAUAGGAAAAUUUUGGUCAGACCUUUUCAUCCCAUGCAAUAUCAUAUUAUUCAUAGUGGGGAGAAAGGUUAUAGAUAAACUUUUAAUGUGUAGAAGCCAAAUAAAUUUAGACCUUAAACUAGUAGCAUAUUAUAUUCCCAGGAGAGGUUAUAAAUAGUGAAAGUAAUUUAUUUUAUAAACAAGAUUAUAUGAGGAGUCAUGUUCCAAAACUUUUCUUAAUGACAAGAAAUCCUGUAGGCAAUAACCUAUGAUUAUUCCCCUGUGAUUUUUAUAGCAUAAAGUUUUUAAAUUAUAUAAACAUUGAUUAAUCAAGGCAAUGAUAUCGUAUAACCAGUCACAUAAACUUGAAAUAAACAGAAAAGAGCAAUAUUUCUUAAACUUCAGUCAUUUGUAUGCAUCCUUUACAGAUUUUACCAUAUUCAGUGUUUACUUAAUAUUUUCCUUUAAAGAGACUCAGAAUUUUUGGCCUUGUCCUAGGAAAUAUUAUUUAUGGAAAUUGUGAGUUCUGUAUGCUAAUUAUAUUCUAAUUUCCAUCAAAAUAAAUAUAUAACUUUGAAAUUGAAAAUAUUCAUUGGUGUACCACCUAAGUCUUCUGACCAUUUUUUGAGAAGCCAUGUGAUGGCAUGGAUUAUGGAUGGAUAACGGCAGGAGGAUAUGGCAGUAUUAUGUUAUUUUUUAGGAAUCCUUGCAUUAUUUUCAUCAAACAGGUCCUAGGAUCUUUAAGAAGAGUCUUGGAGGAGACUGAGGGUCAUAUUGAUGAACUUUGAAAAGUGAUUCAGAGAAGUCUACUUUUCUAUCAUGUUAUUCUAGUUUUAAAGUUCCCUGUAGCAAACAUAGAUUUUUGAACUAAAAUUGUCAUUUCUGUUAUUAUUGCAGAUUUGAAUAGAGAGGAAGUUUAUUUUAUAAUGACAGGGGCUUUAUAAGAAUCCCUACACUUCCCUGCACCACUGUGGAAGAUGGAAGUAGGGUACCAUGCCAGAGGAUGAGUGGUGGUGCCACACUGAGGCUAAGAACCAGGGAAGAGCCUUACUGGCUUAUAUAAACAACUAAGGAAGUGUUACUAAUUGGCUUAUUAAUUAAUUUUAUUUACUGAAAUAUAUUUAUGUACCACCUUUUUCCAAAAAGAAUUUAAGGUGUUUUAAUUUGAUUUUUAUGAU